AUGACCCGAGUUACAGUGAAAUCACCACGAGGAUUCUCCAGCAGAGCCAGAGUCCUCAUCGAUCAGGGAUCAGAGGUGUCAUUCAUCUCAGAAAACCUAGUAAAUCAACUGCACUUGCCCAGGAAAUCAACAACGUUGAAAUUAAUCGGAAUUGGAGGAGUUAAUUCCGGCAGCACGAGAGGAUUGGUAUCAGUUGCACUUCAGGCAAUCAACGGAAAACAACAGGUUCAGAUCAGCGCCCACAUAUUGAAAAGACUCACCGCAAUUCUACCAUCGUUCUCAUGUGCCUCAGCGAACAUCAGUUCAUUAGAAAAUCUUCAGCUAGCAGAUCAGCAGUAUCUCAAGCCCGGACCAAUCGAUAUCAUCAUAGGGGCUGACAACUACGGGCGAAUCAUCAGAGAUGAAGUUGUCAAGUCCAAGCAGUCAAAAGUCGUCGGCCAACGCACAGUCUUUGUGUUCGUGUGCUUCACCACGUCAGCAGUUCACCUAGAGCUCGUCAACAGGCAAACCACAGAAGCCUUCCUCGGAGCUUACAAGAGAUUCACCGGAAGACGAGGUAUUCCAGCAGUCAUGUACAGUGACAACGCCACCACCUUCGUCGGAGCAGCAGAUCAACUCGAAAGGCUCUAUCACCAAGCAUCUAAAGAAAAUCAACGUGUUCAGGCUGCUCUCGCCACCAAUGGCACUCAGUGGAGCUUCUCACCACCUAGAGCACCCCAUUUUGGUGGCAAAUGGGAAGCAGCAGUAAAAUCAACGAAGCAUCACCUCAAGAGAGUCCUGGGAACGACAACGCUAACAUUUGAGGAACUCAACACAGUCUUAGUUCAGAUUGAAGCCUGCCUAAACUCCAGGCCAAUCUGUCCGAUGUCAGACGACCCAGAAGAUCUUCAGGUUCUCACCUCAGGACACUUUUUAAUCGGCGAGCCUCUACAGAUAGUACCAGAGUCAUCCUACGUCGACGAGAAUCCCCUCAAGAUGAGGAGAUGGAACCUCGUGACUCGGAUAGUUCAACAGUUCUGGUCCAGGUGGUCCAAAGAGUGUCUCCAACGAUACCAGGCUAUCUACAAGUGGAAGACACGCCAGCAGAACAUCGAGGUUGGUAACAUGGUGCUGAUGGUCGACGAUAACCUUCCACCAGCCCAGUGGCCAAUCGCCAGAGUCAUCGCGACUAGACCAGGAGCAGAUGGGCUCACCAGAGUAGCCACAGUCAGAACGAGCAAAGCAGAAGUCGGCAGACAUCAAGAUGGGUCGCCUAAUCUCCAGAACAUCACAGCAGCCCACUCGGUGUUUGACAGACCAAUCACCAAGCUCUGUCUGCUUCCUAUAGACCCACCUACACCAGAACAACCUCCAGAAGAAGAUCACCCAGAUGAUGAAGACGAUCAACAGCAAGGGGACAUCCAGGAACUGCAGGACUGA